GAGCCCGGACGAUCUCUACGUCCGGGACUGAAUAAGCGCUCCUAAAUCCGUCGCCAGACAAGUCGUUAGCUCUUACAAUCAUUAAAAACCCUAGCUACGCAAACCUGCGGUGCGGCGGCGAUCUCUGCUCGCGAUGGCGACGACGAACUCCCCUAAUCUUGAGUGCCGGAUGUAUGAGCCCCGAUUUCCGGAGGUCGAUACUGCGGUGAUGAUUCAGGUCAAGAGCAUCGCAGAGAUGGGUGCCUACGUCUCUCUUCUAGAAUACAACAACAUCGAGGGUAUGAUCCCCUUUAAUGAGCUCUCUCGCCGCCGCAUCCGUAGCGUCAACUCCCUCAUCCGCGUUGGCCGACAGGAGCCUGCCAUGGUCGUCCGUGUCGACCGCGACAAGGGCUACAUCGAUCUCAGUAAGCGCCGAGUCUCCGAGGAGGACAUCCAUGCAUGUGAGGAGCGCUACAACAAGAGCAAGUUAGUACACUCCAUCAUGCGCCAUGUCUCCGAAACCGUCGGCGUUGAUCUCGAAGAUCUUUACAUCCACAUCGGUUGGCCGCUCUACCGCAAGUUCGGUCACGCCUUCGAGGCGUUUAAGCUUAUUGUCACGGAUCCCGAUUCGGUUCUGGAAUCGCUCACUAAGGAAGAAAAGGAAGUUGGGUCGGAUGGGAUAGAGGUGACGAAGGUGGUACCCGCUUUGACUGAGGAGUUGAAGGAUGCCCUUGUGAAGAAUAUCAGAAGGAGGAUGACUCCACAGCCACUGAAGAUUCGUGCUGAUAUUGAGAUGAAGUGUUUUCAGUUUGAUGGUGUUCUGCACAUAAAGGAAGCUAUGAAGAAGGCGGAAGCCGCUGGGAAUGAUGAUUGUCUUGUUAAGAUUAAGCUUGUCGCACCUCCUCUUUAUGUGCUUACCACACAAACGUUGGACAAGGACAAAGGAAUAACUGUUCUAAACGACGCAAUUAAGGCUUGCAACGAAGCAAUAGAGAAGCAGAAGGGUAAACUCAUAGUGAAGGAAUCAGCAAGAGCUGUGAGUGAACGCGAGGAUAAGCUUCUUGCAGAGCAUAUGGAUAAGCUACGAUCUGCGAAUGAAGAGAUUGAUGGAGAUGCAGACAGUGAAGAAGAGGAAGAUACAGGAAUGGGUGAGGUAGAUGUCGAAAAUUCUGGCAUUGCUGAAUAAAUCAAUACUGAGAAAAAAAGGCUCAUCUGGUGUUGCAGGAGAGAAUUGCAGAGUGCCCUUCGUUUUCUUCCAAAUUUAUUAGAGUUGUUGUAUAGAUCACCUUUUGGGAAUUCUGCCAUUUUUAUGCUUUCUGCAAUGUGAGAAGCAAUUAUCACGUUGUUCUAUUAAACGAGAAGAGUUUAAGUAAAUCAUUAGCUUUUUUCUACUUAA